AUGUCGCAGGAGGAUCAAAGAAUUUUGAAACAAUUUUACAAUUGUCGGAUUCUACGUGACGGCAAGAUUUCGAUCGAGGAUCUAUGGGUUCGCGGUGGAAAAAUCGUUGAUCCAGCGAAAAUCUUUUACGACGAGAAAAUAAAACCGGAUAUUAAAAUCGAUUGUGACGGAGCGUUGAUUUCACCUGGAUAUAUCGACCUUCAAAUUAAUGGUGGUUAUGGCAUAGAUUUUACGCACAAUGUUGAUAAUGUACAGGAAGGAAUUAAUAAAGUUGCUAAGAAAUUACUCGAAUAUGGUGUAACAUCAUUUUGCCCAACUUUAGUAACAUCACCUGACGAUACAUAUUAUAAGAUACUACCAGAAAUGAAGAAAAGAAAUGGUGGGCUACAUGGAGCAACUAUACUAGGCAUUCAUUUAGAAGGACCUUUUAUUAGUCCUAGCAAAAAAGGAGCUCAUCCAGAAACUUAUAUAAAACAAUUUAAUAGAGGUUUUCAAUCGUUAAUUGAUACGUACAGAUAUUUAGAAAAUGUAUGUCUUGUUACACUGGCACCAGAACUUCCCAAUGCUCAAACUGUUAUCACAGAAUUAUGCAAAAGAAACAUUAAAGUUUCUCUCGGACAUUCCAUAGGAAAUUUGCACGAAGGAGAAAAUGCUGUAAAAAGCGGAGCGUCGUUUAUCACGCAUCUUUUCAAUGCAAUGUUACCGUUCCAUCAUAGAGAUCCUGGAUUAGUCGGUCUCUUAACAUCCGAUAAAAUACCAACAGGGAGAAUUGUCCACUACGGUAUAAUCGCAGACGGGAUUCAUACCCAUCCUGCAGCGCUGCGUAUAGCUCACAGGACGCAUCCAAAAGGACUUGUUCUGGUAACUGAUGCAAUAUCAGCUCUAGGUUUGGAAGAAGGCGUGCAUCAGUUAGGACAGUUUAAGAUAGAGAUGCGUAUGGGAUCUGCGUAUAUUGCCGGAACAAAUACUCUGUGUGGUAGUACAGCAGAAAUGUCGAAAUGCGUGCGACAUUUCAGAGAAGCAACAGGUUGUUCGGUGGUAGAGGCUUUAGAGGCUGCAACUCUCCAUCCAGCGAGAACUCUCGGUAUCGAAAGAAUUAAAGGAGUCUUAAAUUAUGGGGCGGAUGCUGAUUUAGUGAUGUUAAACGAUAAUUUGGAAUUGUUAUCUACAUGGAUUUCCGGAGAACGCGUGUACUUGCGAGCAUAUCAAAAACUGCCAGCAAAAUAGGUCGUAAGCAUACGUAUUUUAAAUGUGUUGAUCGCAUACUGUACCUUAUAUAUUUUAUAUAUAAAAACUUUGAUAAAACAUGUUUUAUAUAUUUUAAUAUAUAGAUUAUAAAUCUUUAGCAUUUAUACUUAUAAUGUUACUCAUUGUAAAGCAUUC